UGAUAUAUUUUACUUGUGAAAAAAUUCAAAUGAAUUUAUAACAUUUAACCUCUAACCUAUAUGUCACUUCCAUAUUUAUAACAUUUAUAUAACUCAAUUUUCGAUACUUACCCUUUGAUAAAGUUUAAAGUCAAGUGACCUAAUGAAGAAUUGGAUGACAAUAAAUUUUCAAAAUUAAAAAAAAAAAUGGGUGCUAACCAAAGUUCGCAUAAAUUGACUGUUGUUAAUGAUGAGGCAGAAGGAAAUGUCAUUCAAGUUUCGAAUGCAAUUGUCCAAAGGCUAACGGAUGGAUUAAAACAAACAUCGAAUCAAUCAAAAAAUGCGGAUGUAAAAGUUCAAUCUUCAAAGAAACCAUCAAUUUCUGCUGAAGAAAUACCUUCAGGAAAUGUGUCGUCAAAUGGUUAUCCUUCGUUUCAUUAUCCAGAAUAUACAAUAACUGCUUUACAAAUGCAAAAACAAAAGGAAACAGAAAUUGAUGAAUUAGAUCAAUAUUGGAGUAAACGUCUACUCAAUUUGGAAAUGAAACACGAGAAAAUAAAUAGUAUUCUUCAAAAUGAAUACAAUAAAGCUGUGGUUGAUUAUAAAAGUGAGAAAAGAGGCUGUGGUGAAAUAAUGAUUCCAUGUAUGGAGAAUACAAAAAAAAUUGCAAAAUGCUAUCAAGAUAAUCCACAGCAUGCUUUGGAAUGUGGAACUUUCGUCAAAGAAUUCGCCAAUUGUGUGGAUGAAUGUCGAACAAAAAUUAUUGCCUCUCGUUGCUAGUAAAUAAUAUACAUAAUUAAAUUUAGUUCACCAUCUUAGGCUCUUUUUUUCCCCUCCAUCAAUCCAAAAAAAAAAAAAACUUGGACAAAAUUUCCAAUUGUAAAAAAAAAAUGGUGGAAUUGUAAAAAUUUUUCUGAAAAUAGAAAAAAAAUCUCGUGAACAAAUUCACAUUUAUUAGAUGUUUAAAAGUAGAAAAGCUUUUAAAUAUCUAAAAAUGAGAUUUCUCUCAGUUUUUAAUUUAUAAGCACUGUAAAUUAUAUAGACAGAAAUAAAAAUAAAAUAUAAAAAUAUUGUUUUAAAAAUUAUAUUUGUUUUUAAUUCAAAUGAUUACAAGUUAUUUUUUAUGUUACAGGAAUCACAGGCACGUGUUAAUUUAACUGGAAAUUUUAUGUGAUUACAUAAAUUAAAAAAUUUUUGAAAUAGAAUUUAAUUCCAAUUAUUUUUUUUUUUUUUUUGCAGGCACAAUAUUUAAAUUAAAAAUUUUUCCUUUUCCAAAACGUUUUUUAAAAGAUCUUUUUUAUUGUACUAUUUUUUACAGUAAAAAAAUUGCUUUUGAUAAAAUUUGCCAAAUAUUUUGUUUUUUUAAAUGAAAAUUUCCAAAAGUAUAUUUUCUUUUUAUUGUUGGUAUUGAAUAGUUUGAUUCUUUUUCCCACGUUAUAAGUAACACUAAGUUCUUGAGGCUCUUAAAAUGUAUAGAAAAUUGGAAAAAUCUAUUUUUUUUGUCAAAAUUUAUGAUUUGACAUAUAGUUUAAGCAAACACAAUAAACUGAUAAUAAAUACGUUAUGUAGAAGUUUUUCUUAUAUAUUACGAUAUUCUUAAAUGGUAUCAACGCAAAAACGGAUGAAAGAAAAAUUAAAUUAAAAAGUAACAAAAAAAAAAAAA